AGGCAGUCCGGGACCCCGGGACGCGCUGCCCAGGCCCGCGAACCCGAGAGUCAUCAUGGGUCGGAGGCUGGGCAAAUCAAGUGGAUGCAACUUGAAGAUAUAGCUCUGGCACUGCCAACUCUUUGGACAUGUUAUCCUGUACUCUGUGCCUCAAUUCCUCAUCUGGCCAAGGUGGAUAAUUUUACCUAUUCCUACAUUGAUACAGUCACAGAAGAGCUUAUUAGACGGAAUGCCGAGCACAAUGACUGUGUCAUUUUUUCGCUGGAGGAACUUUCCCUGCAUCAGCAAGAAAUAGAAAGGCUGGAACAUAUUGACAAAUGGUGCCGGGAUUUGAAAAUCCUUUAUCUUCAAAAUAAUCUCAUUGGAAAAAUUGAAAAUGUUAGCAAACUCAAGAAACUUGAAUAUUUGAAUUUAGCUUUAAACAACAUCGAAAAAAUCGAAAACUUGGAAGGAUGUGAAGGGCUAAAAAAACUUGACUUGACAGUAAACUUCAUUGGGGAGCUGAGCAGCAUUAAAUCUCUUCAGCACAACAUCCACCUGAAAGAGCUCUUUCUCAUGGGUAACCCAUGUGCUGACUUCGACGGCUACAGGCCUUUCGUGGUGGCAACUCUCCAACAACUCAAGUGGCUGGAUGGUAAAGAAAUAGAGCGCUCAGAAAGGAUCCAGGCAUUGCAGAACUUUCCAGAAAUUGAACCACAAAUCAGAGAGCAAGAGGAAGCUUACUGCCUCAGACGAGCCAAAGAAAAGGAAGAUGCUCAGAGGAAACUGCAAGAAGAGCAUGAAAUGGAGGGUGAGAGGAGUCCCCCAGGCUGCAGGGACCUUGAUCCCGGGGGCAUCAGUGCCACUUGCUCUUCUUGGACGGAGAGCAACGAGCACCUACUGGCACUGGGAGCACCAGAGGGACACAACAGAAAGGAACCAGACAACAGCCAAGAGGACCUGGAAUUCUGGAAUAAGCCCUCUCUGUUCACUCCUGAGUCCAGAUUGGAGACGCUUAGACAUAUGGAAAAGCAACGGAGAGACCGAGAAAAAUUAAGUGAAAAGAAGAAGAAAGUGAAACCACCCAGGACUUUGAUCACUGAAGAUGGGAAACCCCUGAAUGUAAAUGAACCCAAACUUGACUUCUCUUUGAAAGACGACGAAAACCGUAACCAGAUCACCCUGGACCUGGCUGUCUACAGGUACAUGGACACCUCCUUAAUCAACGUUGAUGUGCAGCCAACGUACGUGCGAGUAACCGUCAAAGGGAAGGUGUUCCAGCUCGUCCUUCCUGCAGAAGUCAAGCCCGACAGCAGCUCUGCCAAGAGAUCUCAGACAACAGGGCACCUGGUGGUCUGCAUGCCCAAGGUAGGAGAAGUAAUCACAGCUGGUCAUCGCUCUUCCAAGUCUGUGAAAAGUAUCGUGGACCGCGACAGAGAGCAAACAAACAACAGGAGCAAGAAAAUUGAGAGACUGGAAGUCGAUCCCAGCACGCGUUCCUUCCCUGAUGUGGCUAACAUUGUUCAAGAGAACCGACAUGCACCCAGGAGAGUUCGAUCUGAGCCCAAACUCAGGCCAAGUGAGGACGAGCCGGACUUUGAGGAUAACCCGGAAGUGCCUCCGUUGAUGUGAAACAGGGGUUGCGUGGACCGUGACCCACCAGCCCCGUGUGCUCAGUGCUGGCGUGUGUGCAAUCACUGACGGGGCUACCCAGAGCUACCUGCUCAUCAGUAUUACAGCUCCAGGGGCUUAACUCCUACCUUGCAUGGAAGAAUCAUUAAAACUAGUUUGAAAUUAAGUGUGUACGUUAAAAGUCCUAUAACUCAUCAUUUGUCUGUUAUAAAGUGGAGGCUACUGAAAAUGUUCAGUAAAUCAUAGAGCUAUUACAUAACAACACUGAGUAUAAAUCACAGUCCUGCCUGCCUAUGCGGGUAGCUGAAGUCAUAGAUUAAAAGCCUGAUGAUUAAAUUGGUGC